GAGAGAGAGAGGGAGACGUGGCUAUAAAAGCGCUUCCACGCCCCGCCCCACUUUCUCCCACCGCACUCCCCACGACCUUCCCGAAGAAGCAGAAGCAGAAGCAGAGAAUGUCUUAGCCUCGGCUCUUCUUCUUCUUCUUCUUAUUCUUCUUCUUCCUCCUCUGAGACCACGAAAUUCCAAGUAGCGGCGCUGGUGAACGCGAGCAAUGGGGAAAGGGGGGCACGACCAGGGGAAGAGGUACAACGGGGCAGCCUCGGGCGUCGCCGGAGCGUCGGCGGCGGUGUUUCCGGCGUGGGCGCGGACGGUGCGGGAGUGCGAGGCGGAGUUCAAGGUGUCGGCCUCGGCGGGGCUCUCCUCCGACGAGUCGCUCCUCCUCGCGCAGUUCGGCGACACCCUCGUCCGCAUCCUCCUCGCCGCCGCCGCCGUCUCCUUCCUCCUCGCCUGGCUCGGCGCCGCCGACGCCGACCACGGCGCCUCCUCCUUUGUGGAGCCCCUCGUCAUCUUCCUGAUCCUCGUCCUCAACGCCGCCGUGGGGGUGUGGCAGGAGAGCAACGCCGAGAAGGCGCUCGCGGCCCUCAAGGAGAUCCAGUCCGAGCACGCCGCCGUGCGCCGCGACGGCGGGGAGCUCGUCCCCAGCCUCCCCGCGAGGGAGCUCGUCCCCGGCGACGUCGUCGAGCUCCGCGUCGGCGACAAGGUCCCCGCCGACAUGCGCGUCCUCUACCUCAUCAGCUCCACCCUGCGCGCCGAGCAGGCCUCGCUCACCGGCGAGAGCGAGGCCGUGAACAAGACCAGCCGCAGGGUCGACGCCGAGGACUCCGACCUCCAGGGCAAGGAGUGCAUGCUCUUCGCGGGCACCACGAUCGCCAACGGGAGCUGCGUGGGGCUGGUCACCCAGACCGGGAUGCACACGGAGAUCGGCAAGAUCCACUCCCAGAUCCACGAGGCCUCCCAGGGCGACGACGACACCCCGCUCAAGAAGAAGCUCAACGAGUUCGGGGAUGCGCUCUCCACCAUCAUCGGCCUCAUCUGCGCCCUCGUCUGGGCCAUCAACGUCCGCUACUUCUUCACCUGGGAGUUCGUCGACGGCUGGCCCCGCCGCUUCACCUUCUCCUUCGACAAGUGCGCCUACUACUUCGAGAUCGCCGUCGCGCUCGCCGUCGCCGCCAUCCCCGAGGGCCUCCCCGCCGUCAUCACCACCUGCCUCGCCCUCGGCACGCGCAAGAUGGCGCAGAACAACGCGCUCGUCCGCAAGCUGCCCAGCGUCGAGACGCUCGGCUGCACCACCGUCAUCUGCUCCGACAAGACCGGCACCCUCACCACCAACCAGAUGUCCGCCGUGCGCCUGCUGGCCAUGGGGAAGGAGACGGCGCAGAUCAGGAGCUUCAGGGUCGAGGGCACCACGUACGAUCCCGCCGAUGGGAGGAUACACGGCUGGCCCGCCGGCGACCUGGACCAGAACCUCCGCACCGUCGCGAAGAUCGCCGCCGUUUGCAACGACGCCAGCGUCUCGCAUUCGGGGAAUCACUUCGUCGCCAGCGGGAUGCCGACCGAGGCGGCACUGAAGGUUUUAGUUGAGAAAAUGGGACUUCCGAGUGGUUCUGUUUCAUCGUCUUUCAAGUCUUCUGAGAUGCUAAAAUGCUGUCAAUGGUGGAACAAUGUUGCACGUCGGGUUGCAACUCUCGAGUUUGAUCGUACGCGAAAAUCAAUGGGAGUCAUUGUGAAAUCAAGUUCAGGAAGGAAUUCAUUACUUGUAAAGGGUGCUGUGGAAAAUUUGCUAGAGAGAAGUUCUUACAUUCAGUUGCUCGAUGGUUCCGUUGUGGAGUUGGAUGAAAGCUCUAAAGCAGUUAUUUUAGAAGCCCUUCAUGAAAUGUCAACCAAUGCCCUGCGCUGCUUGGGCUUUGCAUACAAGGAAGAUCUCCUAGAUUUUGCCACAUAUGAUGGUGAAGACCAUCCUGCACAUAAGCUUUUACUCGACCCAUUAAAUUACUCAUCCAUCGAGAGUAACCUCAUCUUUGUUGGCUUAGUCGGGUUAAGGGACCCCCCACGAGAGGAGGUUCACAAAGCAAUUGAGGAUUGCAAGCAAGCUGGCAUAAGGGUGAUCGUAAUCACUGGAGAUAACAAAGCAACAGCAGAGGCUAUCUGCCGUGAAAUAGGUGUUUUCAGUGCAGAAGAAGACAUCAGCACAAAAAGCUUCACAGGAAGAGACUUUAUGUCUCUCCCUGAUAAAAAGUCUAAAUUAAGGCAAAAAGGCGGGCUUCUUUUCUCACGGGCUGAACCAAAGCACAAACAAGAGAUUGUGAGGCUUCUUAAAGAGGAUGGUGAGGUCGUUGCAAUGACUGGCGAUGGGGUGAAUGAUGCCCCUGCUUUGAAGUUGGCUGAUAUUGGUAUUGCAAUGGGCAUUGCGGGGACUGAGGUUGCAAAGGAAGCUUCGGAUAUGGUGCUAGCAGAUGAUAAUUUCAGUACAAUCGUUGCUGCUGUCAGUGAAGGAAGAUCCAUAUACAACAACAUGAAAGCCUUCAUAAGGUACAUGAUCUCGUCGAAUAUCGGAGAAGUGGCUUCCAUUUUCCUCACAGCAGCUUUAGGGAUUCCGGAAGGGCUUAUUCCAGUCCAGCUUCUGUGGGUCAAUCUUGUCACAGAUGGCCCUCCUGCGACUGCUUUGGGAUUUAACCCACCAGAUGGAGACAUUAUGAAGAAGCCCCCUCGCAGGAGUGACGAUUCAUUGAUCAGUGCGUGGGUCUUAUUCCGUUACACGGUCAUUGGCCUGUAUGUUGGUAUAGCAACUGUCGGCGCCUUCGUCAUCUGGUACACUCACGCAUCCUUCUUAGGAAUUGACCUAAGCGCCGAUGGCCACACCCUCGUGAGCUAUUCUCAACUCUCCAACUGGGCCCAGUGCCCCACGUGGGAGAACUUCGAAGUCUCCCCCUUCACCGCCGGUGACCGCACUUUCUCCUUCGACUCGAACCCCUGUGACUACUUUAAAUCUGGUAAAGUGAAGGCCACCACUCUCUCUCUCUCUGUCUUAGUGGCUAUCGAGAUGUUCAAUUCAUUGAACGCUUUGUCUGAAGACACGAGCCUACUUACUAUGCCUCCUUGGGUCAAUCCAUGGCUUCUUCUGGCAAUGUCGGUUUCGUUCGGUUUGCACUUUUUGAUACUAUACAUACCGUUCUUUGCAAAAGUGUUUGGGAUCGUGCCACUUAACUUCAGUGAAUGGUUAUUGGUAUUGGUGGUCGCCUUCCCAGUGGUCCUCAUUGACGAAGUGCUUAAGUUCAUUGGGCGUCGCACAGGCACCUCGGGGAUCAAGAGCCUAUCUCAAAAGCAAAAAGGUGACUAGGAAGAACAAAAUUUGCCAUCAUUUCCAUUCCCAAUCAAAUUAAAUGAUCAUUCUUUCACUACAUACACGGACGGCAACGUAAAAUAAUCAAAUGUAUGAGAAAAGGUUGAAGAAUACAGGUAAAAACCUACUUCAUCUGAGAAGAUAUAAGUUUAAUGCAGCUGGGAGUGUAUGGCAAAGAGAUUCUGUGAAUGAUGAUUCGUUGGAACUCUCAACUUUGUUGUAGUUACUUUCUAUGUGGCCCAUAACUGGAGAAUAAGAUUGCAACUUGGGAUAUCAUGGAAUUUCACAUGGUUGCUACUGGCUACCACCUCUUGUAUCCUCCACUUUUAGCUGUAUCUAUAGAGGCAAAUAUGGACGGGGGUUUCAAAUGGAUCUGUUCUUGUAAAUUGGUACUUUCUCGAAAUUCCUUUCAAUGUUAUUGUUGUACAAUGCCUACUUAAAGUGGACAAAUAGAACUUUCUUUUUCCACUACAUUUAUGCAUGCUUUCCCUCUGAAUGCC